AAAUCUUCAGGGGAGGCCAGGGCUCAAGACUGCAACCUUUUUUUCAGCGUGUGCAAGCAGAAAGCUCUCCUCCAUCAUGACGACUCUGUGGCUCCAGUCUGUGUCUCUGCUGGUUUUAGUGGUCGUGUCUUGGCCGAGCACUCAGGCUGCCCCCGCCUCUAAACUACUAUGCGGCUCCCACCUGGUUGACGCCCUUUAUCUAGUCUGUGGGGACCGAGGCUUUGGCUUCCACCUUAGGAGAGACGUGGAUGCUGCUGAGGGUGGAGCAAAGAAGGUGAGCCCGGUGGAGAUGAGCGGUUUAGUGGAGCAGUGCUGCUAUCAACCCUGCAAUUUGUUUGAACUACAGAACUACUGCAGCCCGCUUCUUGGCUAACCAACCUCCGCACCUGUGCUUCAGACAAGAUAGUGCUGGGAAGUGGAUGGAAUUAUUUGAUUCCAAAAAAAAUUAGUUUUGUGAAUCCAUAGUUAAGAAAUCUGUGUAAACUUACAUGCAUCCUUUUUAUAUUUUGCUAAUCCCAAUGA